AUGACUCCCCGAGGCUGUGUCCUGGCUGCCUUGGCCGUUCUCUGCCUCCUCACGCUGCUCUGCUCACUUGGAGCCUCAGGAGCCAGCCUGAUGCUGUGCCACCCACACACGCGAUGUGGGGACCAGUUCUAUGAUCCCCUGCGGCACUGCUGCCUCCAGGAUGCCCUGGUGCCCCUGGGCGAGACCCGGCAGUGUGGGAACUGCAGCUACAGGGUCUGCUUCGAGCAGUGCUGUCCCCGCUGGCCACUCGGCUUGCAGGAGCCCCUCGUGGUGAAGCUGAUGGUGGACAGUUGCUCCUCGCCCCUGGUUGCAGGAGACAAGCUUUGUCACAGUGUCAUCUGA